AUGUGCAGGUUGCAGUUCCAGAUACCAGAUGAGGGGCUCGCCGGCAAUCAGCCCGCGAGCCCCCAUAACCCGAAGCAGCACGGCGAGGCGUGCUGUAAUGCCUCUUCAACACCGCUCUCCCAAGCAAGCGGCUCAGUGCCGACGCCGAAUAUGCAGUUCCGUCUUCCACAUCUGUGUCUUGAUGGAUUCGACGACGAGCACUUUCCCCUUCUUACAAGGCAGAUGUCAAUACCGGAAGAUGAAGAAGGACGCCAACACAAGAGGCUCCUUUGCCAGGACCACAAAGGCUCUUCAUGGAACCAACCUCCAGGUGGCGAGAGAACACGACCGUGUUCACAGGACUCGCUUGAAUCGCUGUUGGCGGAGGACCUGUAUGAGCAAAAAUACGGUUUCCCGGUCGAGAAUGAAACGGAGAAGCUGCACGAGCAAGACGGAGAUGGUCACGGGCCAGUAUGGAGAGUUAUCCGUGGAACCCAUGUGCCCACAGACUACCGCCUUACCAGGCUGUCUCAGAAACUGGCAGAAGUCAAGCAGUUGUACGAGGUCAAGUAUGGUGUAGAUCUCGAUACCGAAGAGGCUGUCCAGUACGAUGUGCAGGGCACGCCGUGGCUUGAGAUUCGUGGCACCGGCUGUCCCAGAGACAUGCGUGUGGAGCGUUUGGAGCAGAUGCUUGAGAAUGUCAAGGGCCUGUAUACCGAAAGCUAUGGCCGCGACGUUGACACCGAGUAUGAUGCGGAUGGAACGCCUUGGUCUGUGACGGAAGGAACAGGAGUUUCGCGAGACUGCCGCGUGGAGAGGCUGGAGCAGAAGCUAGCGGAAGUGAAGCAGUUGUACGAGGUCAAGUAUGGUGUCGAAGUCGAUACCGAAGAGGCUGUCCAGUACGAUGUGCAGGGCACGCCGUGGCUUGAGAUUCGUGGCACCGGCUGUCCCCGAGACAUGCGUGUGGAGCGUUUGGAGCAGAUGCUUGAGAAUGUCAAGGGCCUGUAUGCCGAAAGCUAUGGCCGCGAUGUUGACACCGAGUAUGAUGUGGAUGGAACGCCUUGGUCCGUGACGGAAGGAACAGGAGUUCCGCGAGACUGCCGCGUGGAGAGGCUGGAGCAGAAGCUAGCGGAAGUGAAGCAGUUGUACGAGGUCAAGUAUGGUGUCGAAGUCGACACCGAAGAGGCUGUUCAGUACGACGUGCAGGGCACGCCGUGGCUUGAGAUUCGUGGCACCGGCCUUGCCAGAGACAUGCGUGUGGAGCGUUUGGAGCAGAUGCUUGAGAAUGUCAAGGGCCUGUAUGCCGAAAGCUAUGGCCGCGAUGUUGACACCGAGUAUGAUGCGGAUGGAACGCCGUGGUCCGUGACGGAAGGAACAGGAGUUCCGCGAGACUGCCGCGUGGAGAGGCUGGAGCAGAAGCUAGCAGAAGUGAAGCAGUUGUAUGAGGUCAAGUAUGGUGUCGAAGUCGAUACCGAAGAGGCUGUCCAGUACGAUGUGCAGGGCACGCCGUGGCUUGAGAUUCGUGGCACCGGCCUUCCCAGAGACAUGCGUGUGGAGCGUUUGGAGCAGAUGCUUGAGAAUGUCAAGGGCCUGUAUGCCGAAAGCUAUGGCCGCGAUGUUGACACCGAGUAUGAUGCGGAUGGAACGCCUUGGUCUGUGACGGAAGGAACAGGAGUUCCGCGAGACUGCCGCGUGGAGAGGCUGGAGCAGAAGCUAGCGGAAGUGAAGCAGUUGUACGAGGUCAAGUAUGGUGUCGAAGUCGAUACCGAAGAGGCUGUCCAGUACGAUGCGCAGGGCACGCCGUGGCUUGAGAUUCGUGGCACCGGCCGUCCCAGAGACAUGCGUGUGGAGCGUUUGGAGCAGAUGCUUGAGAAUGUCAAGGGCCUGUAUACCGAAAGCUAUGGCCGCGAUGUUGACACCGAGUAUGAUGCGGAUGGAACGCCUUGGUCUGUGACGGAAGGAACAGGAGUUCCGCGAGACUGCCGCGUGGAGAGGCUGGAGCAGAAGCUAGCGGAAGUGAAGCAGUUGUACGAGGUCAAGUAUGGUGUCGAAGUCGAUACCGAAGAGGCUGUCCAGUACGAUGUGCAGGGCACGCCGUGGCUUGAGAUUCGUGGCACCGGCCGUCCCAGAGACAUGCGUGUGGAGCGUUUGGAGCAGAUGCUUGAGAAUGUCAAGGGCCUGUAUACCGAAAGCUAUGGCCGCGAUGUUGACACCGAGUAUGAUGCGGAUGGAACGCCUUGGUCUGUGACGGAAGGAACAGGAGUUCCGCGAGACUGCCGCGUGGAGAGGCUGGAGCAGAAGCUAGCGGAAGUGAAGCAGUUGUACGAGGUCAAGUAUGGUGUCGAAGUCGAUACCGAAGAGGCUGUCCAGUACGAUGUGCAGGGCACGCCGUGGCUUGAGAUUCGUGGCACCGGCUGUCCCAGAGACAUGCGUGUGGAGCGUUUGGAGCAGAUGCUUGAGAAUGUCAAGGGCCUGUAUACCGAAAGCUAUGGCCGCGAUGUUGACACCGAGUAUGAUGUGGAUGGAACGCCUUGGUCCGUGACGGAAGGAACAGGAGUUCCGCGAGACUGCCGCGUGGAGAGGCUGGAGCAGAAGCUAGCGGAAGUGAAGCAGUUGUACGAGGUCAAGUAUGGUGUCGAAGUCGAUACCGAAGAGGCUGUCCAGUACGACGUGCAGGGCACGCCGUGGCUUGAGAUUCGUGGCACCGGCCUUGCCAGAGACAUGCGUGUGGAGCGUUUGGAGCAGAUGCUUGAGAAUGUCAAGGGCCUGUAUGCCGAAAGCUAUGGCCGCGAUGUUGACACCGAGUAUGAUGCGGAUGGAACGCCGUGGUCCGUGACGGAAGGAACAGGAGUUCCGCGAGACUGCCGCGUGGAGAGGCUGGAGCAGAAGCUAGCAGAAGUGAAGCAGUUGUAUGAGGUCAAGUAUGGUGUCGAAGUCGAUACCGAAGAGGCUGUCCAGUACGACGUGCAGGGCACGCCGUGGCUUGAGAUUCGUGGCACCGGCCUUCCCAGAGACAUGCGUGUGGAGCGUUUGGAGCAGAUGCUUGAGAAUGUCAAGGGCCUGUAUGCCGAAAGCUAUGGCCGCGAUGUUGACACCGAGUAUGAUGCGGAUGGAACGCCGUGGUCCGUGACGGAAGGAACAGGAGUUCCGCGAGACUGCCGCGUGGAGAGGCUGGAGCAGAAGUUGAUUGAAGUAAACCUUCUCUUUGCUGCAAGGUAUGGUCAAUCUGCUUUGACCUCCCAAUCUGACCUAUUUCUUCAGGGUGGCGACUUUGCGUGCGACGAGGAUGGAACGCUCUGGAUCAAGAGUGUUACCACAGGUCGACUUGGGCACACGGAAGUUCCUUCUGAAGGAACUUUGUCUGACAUGCUCACGCAGGUGAAAGCGCUCUGCAAUGAAAGAUUUGGAGCGAAGCCUACUGAAGAGACGCAGUCUUCCUGGAGUGACGAGGAUGGAACACCUUGGGUUCAAGUCGGUUCAUCCAGCGCCGGGGUUGCGACCACGGACAAGGACAAGUUGUUUGAAGGAACUUGCAGCCUGCAGUAA